CAGCAAAGACCUUAAUAUACCACUUUCCUUUUCUUUCAAAUUUCAAUUCAACUUUGUCUCCACAAAGAAAAGAUCUGUAUAUUUCUCAUAAGAAAAAGAAUAAGAAUAAGAAUGGCUAGCGGAUUCCCACCACAGAAACAGAAAACUCAACCUGGAAAAGAACAUGUGAUGGAUCCUAAUCCUCAGCAUUCCAGCAUGGAGUAUAAGCCUGCCAACAAGCUUCAAGCUAAGAUAGCACUGGUGACAGGAGGUGAUUCUGGCAUUGGACGAGCAGUAUGCCAUUGUUUUGCCUUGGAGGGUGCAACAGUGGCCUUCACUUAUGUGAAGUCUCAAGAAGAAAAAGAUGCACAAGACACCCUUGAAAUUCUAAGGAAAGCCAAAGCAUCUGAUGCUAUGGAGCCUAUGGCUGUUGCCACCGACUUAGGAUUCGAUGAUAAUUGCAAGAAGGUAGUCGAUGAUGUUGUGAAUUUGUAUGGACGGAUUGAUAUUCUUGUCAACAAUGCAGCGGAGCAACACAAGACUAUCUCUGUUGAGGAGAUUGAUGAAGAAAGGCUUGAGAGAGUCUUUAGAACUAACAUCUUUUCCUACUUUUUCCUCACCAGGUUGGUCUUUGUUUUGAAUCUUGGAAAUAUCAGACGAGCCCUUGAUAAUAUUGUAGGGCACAAAGAGGAUGGAAGAGGAAGAUAAACGUUAAGCUCACUUCAUAUCAUAAGAAAAACCACACUCUUUAUGUUACAAGGUCACAAAAGGGAUAUUUAUAGGUGCUAAAAUGAUAGUUCUAGACUCAAUGUUACUAAAUAGUUGCAUACAGAUACUAUGAACUUUCCCACAUUGAAAACAUUGCACCUAGAUCCCCUAAUAGUGAUAUGGUGACUUUGAAUGAUAAAAUAAUCCCUUUUCAAA